AUGCUGGCCGGAACCAAUCCCGGCCCGGCGUUUGUCUGCCUCCAAGGUACAACCAACACAUGUCCAUCUGAUCCGAAAAACAGCUUGACCUGCGUCACCUUGACGACUCAUUUCCGUCGACACCGGCUCGAGGUGGUCCCGACGGUGUCCGACUACGAGUCCCGCGGAAGGCGGCCGAGGAGGUCGCCUCCGCAAAGUGGUCGCAUCCCAUCUUUCGACCGCCGACUCGUCUCCUUCCGGCCGCCCCAACCCCCUUCUCAUCGCGUCGUCGGGCUCCAGUCACCAAGGGUCGGAGGUCAGGCUCUUCCUUCAAGGGCCGGACGUGUCGUGUUGCCUGCGUCUGUCUUCACGUUCAAGCAGCACCUGCGCCCCUUUUGUCCGCUUCACGAACAAGCCUUGCUCAUCUCGCAGCGACAACGGCUGCGGUCAGCCUCGCCCGACCGGUUUACCUCUCAAACGGUCUGUCCACGCGGCAGAUUCUCCUUCUGCCAUGGUUACCAGGCCUGUCAGUCAGGCGGGUGUGGAGACGGGGAGUUCUCGUGGCGGCCCCGGUCUGCAAAGCCACGACAGCUGCCUUCACUUUCUGGGCCACAUGGUACAGAUGACCCUCGUCCCACUGCCCAGCCAUUGCUCAGUCCAGCUGCUUUCCCAUUGGCCGCUGUUUAG